GUAAGAAAAAAGCACAAGAACCCUCUGAGGCACCGACCAAAAUCCCGCCAUAUUCCACUUCAUAAACAAGAACCUCCCUGCAAACGAGGCCGAUUCCGAUUCCCAUCAAAAAAACCCCUCUCACGGUGAAUCGAUCCACUGCCCCUUCCUCCUAAUUCACGGGACACGAAACGAUUCGAGAUUUAAAUUGCGCUGGCGAUCGCAAAUCGUUAAGCUAUCGAUUCACACUCAGCCAUGGCAGAGGCCGGCGUGGUUCGUGUUCCCUGCACUCUGCGUGCCGUGCGCCUCUUGGAGUGGAAAGUGGCGCCCGGCUCGGCCGUGCGCAUGGGUUCGGUGGUGGCGCACGUGGCGGCGGUGGAGGACAGCGGCGGCGGAGGCGGCCGGGACGAGGAGGACGCGGCGACGGUGGCCCCCGAGGCGGACGAGGCGAAGGAUGAGCAGGCCGCGACCACGGUCUCGCCUGGGCGCUCUGCCCGCGAGGUGAAGCUGAAGGCGAGCAGCGCUGGCGUCGUCGUGCGCCUCUGCUGCGCGCCCGGACAAAUAGUGGCCUCGGGAGGAGAGCUGCUGCGGCUGGAGGCUUGUCGCCAUCCCAUUGUGAUGAAGGGACUAUGUGCCGAGUGUGGGCAGGACCUCAGGAGGUUGGCGAAGGCAGGCGGACAGACGCAGGUUUCGAGUUCCGCAGCCAACAUCUCUAUGGUUCACAGCGUGCCCGAGCUCAUGGUCACAUCCGAGCAAGCCGAGAGCCUGGGACGUGAGGAUCAGCAGCGGCUGUUGCGGAGCCGCAAGCUGGUGCUCAUGGUAGAUCUGGACCAGACGCUCAUCCACACGACGGAGCAGAGCUACCCGCACAUGAGCAGCAAGGGAAUCUUCCACUUCCAGCUUGGCCAGGGUCAGCCGAUGCUGCACACGCGACUGCGGCCCCACUGCCGCUCCUUCCUGCAGAAGAUCGCCGAGCUCUACGAGCUGCACGUCUUCACCUUUGGCAGCCGCCUCUACGCACACACCAUCGCCGGAUUUUUGGAUCCGGAAAAGAAGCUUUUUUCGCACAGAAUCCUUUCCCGAGACGAGUGCAUAGAUCCCUACUGCAAAACCGGCAACCUCAAAAACCUUUUUCCGUGCGGCGACUCGAUGGUGUGCAUCAUCGAUGACCGCGAAGAUGUGUGGAGGUCGGCGCCCAACCUGGUUGCCGUGCGGAAGUACGUUUACUUCCAGGGUACCGGCGACAUCAAUGCCCCGCCGGGCUCGCGCGAGGCUCAGCGCAGGGGAAAUAACGUCGCCAAGGUUACCCCGGAGAGUUCUUCUCAGGCAUCGGCAGAGUCGCCUAACGCGGUGUCCUCGCGCGGCCCUGCGGAGCGGGUCGCCAAAUGCCCCCCGGCCGCCGAGACCGACGGUGCGGGAAAAGCGACGGCGGCGGCGGCGGCGGACUCGCGGCUCAAACCCGCGGCGGGCGGGGCCCCGGCUGCUCCGACCAACAACGGCACGGGCCGGUGCGGCGGCGCGAAGGACCCCACGUUCAGGGACGGCGCCAAGGAACCGGUGACGGCCGGAUCGACGGUGACGGACGACGGCACCGCGGCAGCUUCGUUGAAGGAGGAGGAAUGGAAAGCGGGCGCGGACGUGGCGGACGUGGGAGCCGAGCCCAGGCAGAACAACGAGAAGCGGGGCGACGCGGGCAGCGGCGCGCAGGCCGACCUGGACUUUGAUUUGUCGAGCGACAGCGACUCUCCAUCGUCGCCCUCCGCCGCGCUGAAGGAAGAGGGCGAGGCGGUGGCGCCCCCGACGUCCGGCGGCGGCGACGACGACAACGAUGUGAGGACGUUGAAGGCGGACGUGAAGGCGGACGUGAAGGCGGACGUGAAGGCGGACGUGAAGGCGGACGUGAAGGCGGACGUGAAGGCGGACGUGAAGGCGGACGUGAAGGCGGACGUGAAGGCGGACGUGAAGGCGGACGUGAAGGCGGCCGCCGAUCGCCAAACCGUGCGCUUGGACGCGGAGAUGGCGGCACCGCUGCGCGGCGGCGUCCGGAGCGGGCGUGACGCCGCCAAGGAGGAGGAGGCAGGGGGCGGGGAGGAGCGCCUGGGCGAAGCCGCGGGGCCCUGUGUUCCGGCGUGCGAGCCCGAGGUGGUGGGUGAGAACGGUGGUGCCGGUGGCGGCGCCGAGACGCGACACGACACCGCGGACAUCGCGUCGCAGAACACGGAGCAGUCGGGCAUCACUGAGGGAGAGUCCUUUGAGCCUGAAUUCGACGUUGAGGAGGAGGAGGGGAAGGCCCACGAGGGCGCGGCGGUGGUGGUGGCGGACGCCGCCGCCGCCGAGGUGGACGAUAAGGAGGAGGACGACUACCUGCUGCACCUGGAGGAGGUGCUGUCGCGCGUGCACUCGAUGUUCUACGUGCAGCACGACCGCUGGCAGCAGCAGCAGCAGCGGGGGAGGCUGCAGGGAGAGAGCGAACCGGGGGGGGCGGUGAUCGAGCCGGACUUGCGCUCCGUCGUGCCGGAGCUGCGCCGCUCCGUGCUGCGUGGGGUCGUCGUCGUCUUCAGUGGAGUGUUUCCGACGAACUGCCCGGCGGACCGCACGCGCGAGUACCGGGUGGCCUCUGCGCUGGGAGCCAUCGUCAGUUCCAGCCUGGUGCUGGAUACCAGCAGCGCUCAGUGCGCCACCACGCACCUCAUCGCUGCUAAGGCCGGCACGGACAAAGUGCGGCGAGCGCUUGAGUCGAGGCGCGUCCGUGUGGUGACGCCAGAUUGGCUGUGGGCCUGCGCCGAUCGCUGGGACCACGUCGAGGAGCGCCUCUUCACACUCACCGAUGGGUACACGCGCACGCACAGGAGCAGCAGCCCAGCGACGUACACGGAGGCGGGCGCCAGCGCCGGCGCCCGCCACGCUCUGCUGCAUCCCACCCCCAUGCACCCGCGGGGCAGCACGGCGCCGGCACCGCCCGAGACGCGCGUGUACGACCCCGUAACGGGGCGCCUGCUGAGGAGGGGCGACGUCCAGUCGUGCGCGCAAGGAGCCAGCAGCUGGCAAGGGCAGCAACAGCAGCAGCAGCGAAAGGAGCGGCAGGAGCGGCAGGAACGGCAACUGCAGCAGCAGAAGCAGCAACAGCAGCAGCAGCAGCAGGUGCCCAGUAUAACGCCGGCGCCUGCCGGGGGCCUGGGGCAUGACGACCAUUCGCCGUUCAGGUGCCUGAGCCAGCAGCAAGUGAGGGACGCUCCGGAGGGGAGUCGGCGGCAGAGGCAGCCCAGCAUGUCGGAGGCCCUGCCGCUCUACACCCUGUCCAAGGACGACCUGGACAGCAUGGACAAGGAGGUGGAUGACAUCCUUGGGGAGGAGAGCGACGGGGAGGAGGAGGAGCAGGAGGAAGAAGAGGAGGAGGAGGAGACGGCGGAGACGGCGGAGGCUGCUGGAGGGAGCUCUGCCCGCACCGGUGCCCCCUGUGUGCCCGAGAUGGAGGUGGAGCGGGGGGCCGGAGGCAGGGCCCCCCCGCAAAGCAAGGAGGAGCUGGGGACGCUCAUCGAGAGGCCCCCUUCGUCAUCGAGCGGCGGCAGCCUUGAAGGCAGCGUCCCGCGUGUGACGUUCACGGCUGUGGUGCGAGAAAGAAACGAUAAGUCCGUGGAAAGAGGACACAAGCGCAGGAGAGACGAGAGCGAGGAGGAGGAGGAGGAGGAAGAGGAGCCGGAGGGAAGCAGCUCGGAGGCAGACGAGAUGGCAGCUGCGCUCGAUGCCGAGCUUGAUAACUUCAUGUGACGUCUCUUGUUCUCGGGCGCAUCACCCACGCGUGUGAGGGUGAAGAUGCGGGGGACACGCACGGCCAGCGGUGUGUGGGUGUGUACCUAUUCGUGUCUUGUCGGCGGCCGAGCGAUCGGACGCGGGGGAGUAGCGUUGCGCUGAUACUGUGGACACUUUUGGGGUAAGCAGCUCCCCACUGAAACGCACGCGCACGUUUGCCCGCUGUUCCACACAGCGACGUUGACCGAACGACGCGCGCGCGCGCGUGUGUACACGGCUACACUUUCACAAACACGUCUGACGGUGAAUAAUGCGGAGGUGACCAGGCUGAGAUGAGGAAAAAGAUAGCGACUACGAAAUAUAGAGAUGACCAAGCUGAGACCACGACACACCGUCACACUUUUUUUCUGGACACGUAAAAAAAAAAUGCAAUAUGCCCACCUCUGUUGUGGCUGAGCAAACCCUUUUUCUGUUAAGUGACUGCAAGUACGAGGAUGGAAGUUUUCUCCCAUGAACAUUUUCUGUUCAUCACACUAGUGGUUGCCUACGUGCAACCACGGCUGGAUCGAUUUGUGUCGGAGGCUCAUCGAUUUUUCGGGAAGCGAUACGGCAGAGCUCCGACCCAAGCUCGAACGAAAAUAGUAACUCGGAACAAAAAUUUCAGGGAACGGCCCCGAUGAGGUUGUUGCAGAGGCCUGCAGGAAUUCUCUCGUAGACGCACCGAUAAGUGGCGCACGCACGUGAAAUACUGCAGGAGUAGUGAUCUUGUGAUUUGGCCAGUACUGCCCCGGUUUGUGAAUGCGAUUGUAAAUAUUGGAUGGGGCAGCACGAAUCGGAUUACAGAAAUGUGCGUACAAAAAAGCCACCCGCCCCGCCCCCAAUAUUCGAGAGUCAAUUUCUUUAAAGUAAAAAAAAAUCGGUGGAUUGUCGUUAGGUUUCUUGCGGCGAAGUGUAUCCGUUAUCUCCGGCUCUUUUAUCAUCCAGUGUUGGUGGAUCGCUUGGAGAUGGGAGAUGGGAACCGCGUCAUGAGCGGUAGUGAGAUUGUUUUGCGUGGGGGUUUAGCUGAACGAAGCGGGGGUGUGCUCGCUUGAUGAGCGGCGGUUGGCGUCUCUUAAACGAGUGUUUUUUUUGUACGGCUCAUGGAUAGUUGAUGCAGCCUCUGCUCCACGUAUAGACGUCGAAGGGAUAAGGGUUUUAAAAUGAGGCCAGCGCGCUAAUAUUCUUAAGCUAAUUGAGUGGGUUAUUUUUUAAAAUGUGGGCGUUCUGGAUGGGGGAUAGAGUUUUAAGGGAAAUGUCAGAAAACCUACAGAGCAAAACGCUGCAAUAUUGAGACAUGGGAGAAUAUACGGAGAAGUUUAACAACUAAUUCGUCUUUUGUUGGCAUGAACGAUGAGAUGUAACCCACAAAAGCGUUGCGAUGGACACAUUUUCCAUAUUUUAACAUCAUCUGUCCUUUGUGCAGUAAAUUUGUUAACCUUUAUAGCAGAGUUUUAUUUUUUUCAUGAUAAAGACUUUCAAAAUAAAUUAAAUUGUUCAAAUUAAUGAGGCCGUUUUUUUUACAGAUUUUUACCAAUGCUUAUAAGUGCACUGCAAAGCAAAAAGCUUAAUUUGAUAAAAAAAUAUGAACACCGUUCAAAUUUGACAACAUGAUUUUAUAAGUCCAUUCUUUUGGCAUGUGAUCCCUUAACUGGCUUAACAAGUCUUGGUCUUAGAACAGACAGCGUUUUAAGUAUGAUAGUAAUGUCUUACCUUGCCAAUUUGUAACCAAAGUCUUUAAAUAUAACCUUGUGAACAAAAAAAAAUAUUUUACGGAUUCUAUACGACAAGGCGUAGGAUUUAGUCUUACGAUUGCAUGUUAGGGUCUUUUACCUCUAGCAUCUGGCAGUUCACCAGCAUAUUGUUCAAGCAAGGCUGACUCUGCUGAUGAGACAUUGUGUGUCGAAACCGGUCCAGAGUUUUCUCGUGUUGAAUAUUGAAAUUAUGCAUGACCAGAAGGCUUUGUAGCUGAUGGGAUGUAAAAAAAAAAAAAGCUUAUUUUUUUACGUGGAGAGAUAAAUAUAUGAAGGGAGACGUAUUGUGUGCUUAUUUAUUUUGUUACUAAUAUUUUCCACGCCGCUGAUGAUUAUUUUGUAAUAAAUAAUGGAUCGUUUAGCGUAUGGCUGAACUUCUUUGGGCCG